CUCAUACCACUAGUGCAAGGUCCUAGAUUUACACUUGGUGCUUGCUUAGCUUGUUUCUUUCUAGCAACGAUAAUUGCUAGCAGCUAGCUGCUGGUGUGAGUGGCCUGGUGUGAUCUAUUAGCCGGCCGGCCGGGAUCGGGGAUUAGCGAGUGCUACUACUACUAGCUCGUAAACAAGCCGCAGCAGGCAAGGCCGGCCGGAGAUGCCGACGCCGUCGCACCUCAAGAACCCGCUCUACUUCGACUUCCGCGCCGCGCGGCGCGUGCCAGAGUCGCACGCCUGGCCGGGGCUGCACGACCACCCCGUCGUGGACGGCGGCGGCGCGCCGGGGACGCCGGACGCCGUGCCGGUGGUGGACCUGCGGGACCCGGGGGCGGCGGUGGCGGCCCGCGUGGCGCGCGCCGCCGAGCAGUGGGGCGCGUUCCUGCUCACCGGCCACGGCGUCCCCGCGGAGCUCCUGGCGCGCGUCGAGGACCGGAUCGCGUGCAUGUUCGCGCUGCCGGCCGCCGACAAGAUGCGCGCCGUGCGCGGGCCCGGGGACGCCUGCGGCUACGGCUCGCCGCCCAUCUCCUCCUUCUUCUCCAAGUGCAUGUGGUCCGAGGGCUACACCUUCUCGCCGGCCGCCCUCCGCGGCGACCUCCGCAAGCUCUGGCCCAAGGCCGGCGACGACUACGCCAGCUUCUGGUACGUGCGUGUCUACAGCAGCAGCCGGCGGCACCGCCACACGUGCGCCUCGCCUGCUUCCUUCCUUCGCCAUGCACGUACGGAUCGAUCGUUCACGCGCACCGAUCGAAAGAAAGAUCGACGUGUCCCGGUCAAGGCCAUGCAUGCAUGCAACCAACACGCCUCUGGUGUUACCGUGUCGUGCUCAAACCGUUGGUCUGUGUCUGUUGCCUACAGUGACGUGAUGGAGGAGUUCCACAAGGAGAUGCGCGUCCUGGCGGACAAACUGCUGGAGCUGUUCCUCAGGGCGCUCGGGCUCACCAGCGAGCAGGUCGCCGCCGUCGAGGAGGAGCGGAGGAUCGGCGAGACGAUGACCGCCACCAUGCACCUCAACUGGUAUCCGAGGUGCCCGGACCCGCGGCGCGCGCUGGGGCUGAUCGCGCACACGGACUCGGGCUUCUUCACCUUCGUGCUGCAGAGCCUCGUGCCGGGGCUGCAGCUGUUCCGGCACGGCCCGGACCGGUGGGUGGCGGUGCCGGCCGUGCCGGGCGCCUUCGUCGUCAACGUCGGAGACCUCUUCCACAUCCUCACCAACGGCCGGUUCCACAGCGUGUACCACCGCGCCGUCGUGAACCGGGACCUGGACCGGAUAUCGCUCGGCUACUUCCUCGGCCCGCCGCCGCACGCCAAGGUGGCGCCGCUGCGGGAGGCCGUGCCGCCGGGCCGGACCCCCGCGUACCGCGCCGUCACGUGGCCCGAGUACAUGGGCGUCCGCAAGAAGGCCUUCACCACCGGCGCCUCCGCGCUCAAGAUGGUCGCCGCCGCCGAAUCCGACGACGCCGACGCCGCCGUCCACCAGCCGCUCGUCCUCUCCUCGUAGCCGAUCGAUCGCCGGAGACGCAGACGACGCAUAUUCUACUACACCCCGAGCAAACUAAUCAAACAACCAAAAUCCCGAUGAAAUGGCAUCCAUUCUCGCUCCCGCGCAUGCAGAGCGGCGGCCGGGCCUCCGCACCUGCUCGUCCUCCACCUCCACUGCUGUCUGAAGAAAAAAACUAAGCUGAGACGAAGACAAAGACGAAACGAACGAAGAGGAAAAGGACAUGAUGCUGUAGCUGUUUCUUCUAGUUGCAGGCAGGCUGCUCCCAGCCGGGUUUGUCGUUACUGACGAUUAUUACCCUGAUUAUUAAAACUAAUCUGAAUUGAUGCAUGUGGUUUGGCAUUUGGUACUGAAGGCAGGCAGACACACCUAGCCAGCCUGGUCAAUGAUAGGCCUAUAAUCUGAUC